GAUCACAUGACAGCAUGGCGACGUCACCCUGAUCUCAGACUUCGACUUGAACUGUCAUUCUGUAGGGAUUUGAGUGCGCACGGAGAAUGUCGUCCAAGUCGACGCUCCUCAAGGUCGUCAUUCUCGGCGACGGCGGCGUGGGCAAGUCGUCACUGAUGCAGCGGUUUGUGAGCAACAAGUUCGACAGUCAGUCUUUCCAUACGAUUGGCGUCGAAUUUCUCAACAAGGACGUUCCAAUCGACGGAGAGACGUAUACGCUGCAAAUCUGGGACACGGCGGGCCAAGAGCGUUUCAAGAGUCUGAGAACUCCGUUCUACAGAGGCGCCGACUGCUGCUUACUGACGUUUGGCGUCGACGACGCGCAGAGUUUCAAGAACCUGACGAUGUGGAAGAAAGAGUUUCUCUACUACGCGGACGUUCGCGACCCGGAGAACUUUCCUAUCGUCGUCUUGGGCAAUAAAGUCGACCUCCCGAACAGACAGGUAUCCCAAGAAGAGGCUCUGACGUGGUGUCGGGAGAAUCACGAUUGUCCGUACUUUGAGACGAGCGCGAAGGACUCAAUCAAUGUUAACGAUGCGUUCAGAAGGGCAGUGAAACUGCUGAUUAAGCAUCAGUUGCAUCUGGACGUGAGGCCCGGUUUCAAUGAGACAGUCAAUCUACAGAAGAAGAACGAAGGAGGGGGAUCGUGUUGUUAGUUGGGGGUGACUCGGUUUCUUGCUGUGAAAUAUGCGUGUUCGCGAUUGAUUUCUUGUUACGGGCAGGUAGAAUUAUAGAGACCACGUGGUCUGUAUAGUGACGGCAGAGAUUACUUUUCUACUGGCUGAUUGUUCCCUUGGUGAUAUGGUUAAGUGAAUACACUAGUGUAUGACUAGA